CCCACCCCCCUUUCCAUCUCCCCUGUUUCCUCUCCCUCAGCUGAAUACUGUCAUUUAGUUCUUCUUCCUCUUUCUCUCUCACACUCUCUCACACUCUCUCACACACACACUAAACACACUUUUUCUUCAAUUUUCCACAAGAUCUACAACCGUUUUCUCUCUCUAGAUCUCCUUUUUCUCUCUCUACCUCACUCACUUUCCGUUUCAGUUUCAGUAUCUACAACUAUUUUGCUUAUGGAUCUGCAUUGCGGUGAAUGAGCUAGGUUUUCAGUUGAUUUUGCUCGAGAAGUGUUGUGAGUGAUGGUGUGCUUACGUGGCGCUCAACGAUUGGACGGAGGUGUGUGUCGGUGGAGUUUAGUUCGCGUGCGAAACCCUAGCUUCGAGUUCAGUGUUGUGGAGUUGAUUCGAGCUUUGCUGGUUUGACGAUGGUGUUUAUGUGUGAGAUUAUUGUUACAAGAUGUUGAAGUUUCUAAUGCUUGUGUUUGUGCUUCAUUUCGUUACUCUCGGUUCCGCUACUGUUUGUUACGGCAUUCCUUUCCUGAACAUCAAUCUGUCUCCUUCCCUGCUGCCAAGCCAACCUAUGUUUGUGAAGAAAAAUGGGUUUGAACAUCUCAAAGUGAGGUUGAUGUCAAUGAGUUCAUCAGUCGUUCCAACUAAAACAUCAUAUGCACUUCCACCUCAGCCCUUUAUGGGGCCCUCAUCUGUACCUGCUCCUUCUCCAACAAUUCAAGGUCCUGUUGCGGGUCCCACUUUUCGCAAGCGACAUCGCCAUCAUUUUCAUCGUGGGAAGAUCACUCAUGUGAUUCCUCCAUCCCCAUCGCCUCACCCAGGUUGUGACCAAACCUGUACGGACCCACUAACUUCAACUCCCAUUGGUUCACCUUGCGGUUGUGUUUUUCCUAUGAAAGUCAGACUACUUUUGCAAGUAUCUGUCUACGCUGUAUUUCCCGUUGUUAACGAGUUAGAAAUCGAGAUUGCCCAAGGCACAUAUUUGACGCAAAGUCAAGUGGUUAUAACAGGUGCCAGUGCUGAUAGUCAAGAUCAGGAUAAAACAGCAGUUGAUAUUAAUUUGGUUCCACUUGGAGAGAAAUUCGAUAAUACAACUGCUUUACUCACUUAUGAUAGAUUCUGGCGGAAAAAACUUGCAUUAAACCGAACCCUUUUCGGAGAUUAUGAGGUGGUAUAUAUUACUUAUCCAGGACUUCCCUCUUCACCACCAUAUGGAGAUCUCCCCGGAAACGGACCAAAUGGAAGUCCUGGAAAUCAACAAAAUCCGAUCACCGCAACUUUCGUUGGAAAAAGUCAGAAAAUGAACCCUAGAACCAUUUUUGUGAUUGUUUUGUCUGCAGUCGUACUUUUGGUUGUUUGCUGUGCGGCUAUAUCUGUUUUUAUCAAGUACAGAAAGUUAGGUAGAUCAUCAAACGCAGUCGGCCCUGUUUUUACAACACCAACCAGCAAGAGACGCGUAGGCUUUGGAGCGAUGUUAUCAAGUGAUCCAUCAAACUCAACGUUAUCUGUUUUCUCUGCAAUGCCAACGUCCCUCCUGUCGGUGAAAACGUUCACAUUAGCUGAGCUGGACAAGGCUACUGAAAAGUUCAGUUCAAGAAAAAUAUUGGGUGAAGGGGGGUUCGGGUGUGUAUAUCAUGGGAUAAUUGAAGAUGGAAGUGAAGUUGCUGUGAAAUUGCUUAAUAGAGAUAAUAAUCAAAACGGAGAUCGUGAGUUCAUCGCAGAAGUCGAGAUGCUAAGCCGGUUACACCAUCGUAACCUUGUUAAACUCAUCGGUAUCUGCAUUGAAGGAAGGACACGGUGCUUGGUUUAUGAGCUUGUUCCAAAUGGCAGCGUCGAGUCUCAUUUGCAUGGUGUGGAUAAGCAAAAAGGACCACUUGACUGGGAUGCACGAUUAAAGAUUGCGCUUGGGGCAGCAAGAGGAUUGGCUUAUCUUCAUGAAGAUUCAAAUCCCCGUGUAAUUCAUCGUGAUUUUAAGGCCAGUAAUGUUCUGCUAGAAGACGAUUUUACCCCUAAGGUAUCAGAUUUCGGGUUGGCAAGAGAAGCUACAGAAGGAAGUAGUCAUAUUUCUACGCGUGUCAUGGGAACUUUCGGUUAUGUGGCCCCGGAGUAUGCAAUGACAGGUCACCUAUUAGUGAAAAGUGACGUUUAUAGUUACGGGGUCGUGCUAUUAGAGCUUCUAUCGGGACGAAAACCCGUUGACAUGGCACAACCUCCCGGCGAAGAAAACCUCGUGACAUGGGCCCGCCCGCUUCUCACAAGCAGAGAAGGUCUACAACAGCUCGUGGACCCCAGUUUAUCCGGGACCUACGACUUCGAUGACAUGGCAAAAGUAGCCGCAAUAGCUUCCAUGUGUGUACACCCGGAGGUCACGCAAAGACCAUUCAUGGGUGAAGUUGUUCAAGCGUUAAAGCUCAUAUACAACGACAAAGAUGAAGUAUGUGGUGACAACUCUACUCAAAGAGAUUCUUCAGUGGUUGACUCAGACUUCAAAGGGGACCACGCCCCGUCAGACAGCAGUUGGUGGAAUGCUGGUGGUGGGGCCACACCACGAUUGACUUUCGGUCAGGCUUCAUCAUUUAUAACAAUGGACUACAGCUCAGGCCCGCUUGAAGAUUUGGAAAACAGAGCGUUUUCAGCUUCGAGUUUCGAUAACAGGGUCGGGGUUGCGUUGCCUAUUAGUCACGGGAACAGGUCGGGCCCGCUUAGGACGGUUAGGAGCAAGCCAUUGUUUUAUAGGUCAAAGGGAAGUAUGAGUGAGCACGGUGGACUGCUGUCAAAGCCUUUCUGGAGUGAAGCUUCGUUCUAGCGGGGGAAAUGAGUGUUGAUUUUGAAGUGUACAGAAGCGAUCGAUGAAGUUUAGAAAGUGAUGUGGAAUUGGGUUUGAUUUUAGGGUUUGUUGUAUGAUGUUUGAUGAUUAUAAAUUGGGGUAAAAUGAGGGAUUGUAGUUUUUGACAAUCUUGAUUUAAUUAUAUUACAAUUGGAAGAUGGAUAGUAUAGUAGUUGUGAUGUA